AUGCGGCGGCCAGCAGGAGUCAAAGGAGCUGCUUUGUUGACAGCUUCUCUACUCCUGGUGCCCUACAUCGCAGCAUUACAACCUCACGAACAAAUUUAUCACCGAGAAUCCCCUCAUGAGAAUGGUCCUGCAGACGAUCAAUCUACAGAAGCCGGCUUUUCCCCCGGCCUUCGAAAUGGACAACGAAUGGAUACGACACAGUACAGAAAUGGAAAGGAUACAAACAUAAUUGAUUUAGGAAACAAAGCGAGCGCUGUCGCAACCAAUCCUGUAGCUCUGGCCGGCCAUGAUAGCCGUGCCGUACGAGCUGUUCAGCCUGCACAACGAGGCUCUGGCAAACAUGCCGGGCUUUCUACGCCGCUUCAAGCGCGCUCGUUGCAGGACUGGGAAGUGGAGGAUUUCGUGCUUCUGGCGACCGUGGAUGGGUCAAUACACGCAAGAGAUAGGAAGACGGGCAAUCCGAAGUGGGAAUUGGAGGUGGACAAGCCCAUGGUGGAAACGACCUACCAUACUCAAAACAAAUCCCAGCUCGAUGGAUCUCGUCCGGAGUAUGAUUUUCUCUGGAUAGUGGAGCCAAGCCGAGAUGGAGAGAUCUAUAUUUACAAUCAAGGAGGAUUGGGAGGGCUGCAGAAGUUGCAUAUGACGGUGAAACAGCUGGUGGCUGACAUGUCUCCAUAUGAGAGCAUGGACCCUGCCGUGGUCUACAAUGGAGAAAAGAGGACGAAGCUCUACACCGUCGACGCCGAAACCGGCACGAUCAGCAAAGUUUUCGGUUCUGGGGGGACCUUAAGCAAAGAGCCGAGAUGUCCCAGGCCUGGCGGCCUUGAUCUGUUGGACGACGAAGAGUGUGGCUCAGGGGGGUCUUUCGUUCUCGGAAGGACAGAAUACAUCAUUACAAUUCAGAACCGUGACACAACGGAACCAUUAUGUACUCUCAAAUACUCUGAGUGGGGCCCCAACGCUCGAGAUGGAGAUUUACAUAGUCAAUAUGCGGAGACCAAGGACAAUCGCUAUAUCUAUACAUUACAUGACGGGAGCAUUUUCGGUUGGAAUCAUGGGGAUGUAGGUAAAUGGCGGCAAUCGUACACUCAAAAGCUAUCGUCUCCAGUCGUUAGGGUUUUUGAUGUGGCUCGGCCUCUGCAAACGGACGAUCGAGAUCCUCAGCUUAUCGUCCUUCCUCAGCCGAUUGGACCAUUAGAUCAAGAACCUGCCUAUAGCUCGAUUGACGUCAAGAAUCGUAUAUUUGUCAACCGGACUUCAGCUGGUGGCUGGUUUGCGAUGUCAGAGAACACUUAUCCCCUCGUCACGGGGAGAGCGAAAGAGGCUCUUUGUUACGACAAAGACUGGCUCGAGUGGACAUCUUCCACACAUUGUAGCUUGGACAAGCGGCAAGAGGGUUUCAUUGGUGUUCAUGCAUUGUCCGAGCUCGAGCCACGUAGAGGCAGUCCCUUGACUAUCUCAGGCCACGGACUCAAUCAGCAAAAUGAAGAGACUUUGCCUGAACCAUACGCCGAGAUCUCGCGCAUCCCGACUACGCCCGCCCUUGAUCGAAGUUGGAUCCUGAGUGGAGCUAGAGACAACCCAUAUGAUACACUGAUCAUCCUCGCUGUCAUUUUACUCUCAUAUCUGCUUUGGAAUCGGCCACGACUGCUCAAAGCUUUCAAUAGCAACAUCAAAUUCCGCAAUCCGCUUAUUAUUGCGGACCCUGGUACACUCUCCGUCCCUUCAUCGCCAACCGUUACACAGUCCACAUGGAGCCAAGAGCCAGAGACAAUCGAUGAAGCUAGGCAGAAUGUGGCCGAGGAGAAUGGUAAGACUAUCCAAAGAUCUAAGUCGCGCACCUCAACUUUGGUUGAUCUACCGCCUGAGGUAAAACGCGCUCGGAGCAUUUCAUUGAAUGACCGCGUUCGUGCAGAAGGUGAGAAAGGCGUCAGAUUUGAGGUUUCUCCACCUGCCUUUGUAGAUGGAGAGCAGUUUGACCCAUCACAAUCUCCUCAAUUGGGCAAGAAGAAGGCCCGACGCGGUGCCCGAGGAGGUGUGAAGCAUAAGAAGAAGCGAGCAGACAGCCAGAACGGUUCCAAAGAUGGAGUGGACGAGACUGUUAAAGAAAUUAUGCAGCUACCAGAGGAAAACAAAAUCCAGCCCGACCAGCCUCGGGUUGUCGCUCCUACUGUAGCAGACAUGAUAGACCCCGAUGGCACGUUACGAAUCGGCCAUCUUACUGUAAAGACAGACACCGUUCUGGGCUACGGUGGGCAUGGUACGAUGGUGUAUAAGGGUACCUUUGGCGGGAGGGAUGUUGCUGUGAAGCGUAUGCUUCGUGAAUUCUACGAAAUCGCCUCUCACGAGGUCGGACUACUUCAGGAAAGCGAUGAUCAUCCAAAUGUGGUGCGCUACUACGAUAAAGAAGAGGACAGUCAAUUCUUCUAUAUUGCAUUGGAGCUCUGCCCGGCGUCGUUACAAGACAUAGUAGAGCGACCUCAGGAUUUCUUGGAGCUCAUGAAGUCAUCGCCAGAUCAACCGGACAUGUUGAGACAGAUCACGGCCGGCCUCCACUAUCUACAUUCACUCAAGAUUGUGCAUAGGGACAUCAAGCCGCAGAACAUACUGAUUUCUGCACCUAAGGCCAACCCACUGCUGCCUUCAGCGACCCCGAAAGCGCGCCUUUUGAUAUCCGACUUUGGGCUUUGCAAGAAGCUAGAAGCCGAUCAAAACUCAUUUCGCGCCACCACAGCCCACGCAGCGGGCACUUCUGGGUGGCGUGCACCAGAGCUUCUCGUUGACGACGAUCCGAGCCUUCAAAAAGUCAGCUCCACUACGACGGAUACCAACAACUCGGAGACUCUGGUGAUUGACAGCCAAACCAGAAGGAGUGCGACGCGGGCUAUCGAUAUAUUCUCCCUUGGAUGUAUUUUUUAUUAUUGCCUGACGAAUGGCCAACACCCUUUCGACAAGCAGGACAAAUUCAUGCGCGAAGCCAACAUUGUCAAGGGUACGUACAACAUUGAUGCUCUCGGCUGCUUAGGGGACUACCAAUGGGAGGCACGGGACUUGAUCGAAAGCAUGCUGCGACACAACCCUAAGCAACGGCCGGAUUCGGGUUCUAUCCUGCGGCAUCCCUUCUUCUGGUCUCCUGAAGAGCGGCUCCAAUUUCUUUGCGACGUGUCGGACAGUUUUGAACACGAGAAAUAUCAGCUCGAUCUCUACAUCAAAGAUCAUGCAGGCACUGACGCGUUCAGUCAACACAUCGAUUAUCUCGAGUCCUGUGCCGAUCAAGUCAUUGAGGGCGACUUCCAGCGGGCACUCCCGCACGAAUUCAAAGAGUCAUUGGGCAAGCAGCGCAAAUACAAGGGUGGCAGCCUGCUCGACCUGCUACGAGCAUUACGGAACAAGCGGAACCAUUAUGAAGAUAUGAGCGAGAAUUUGAAGCGUCAGAUUGGUGGACCUACGGAAGGAUAUCUCAGCUUUUGGACACGGCGAUUUCCCAAUCUUCUUUUGACAUGUUGGAGAAUCAUCGAAGACGUUGAAUGGACGACGAAAGAUAGGUACAAGAGGUAUUAUAUUGGAAAGGAUAUGUGA